AUGGCGCCCCCCACGCACCGUACCUACUUGGUGCCGCCCCAACAGGCCAUGGUCCUCACCACCACCUACGGCUCCUCCACAGCGGGGUCUGGGCCAGGGGCUGUCGGAUCCGGGACCGUGCCGUCGUCUUCUUCCUUGGGGUGGGUCAGAGCAGGCGGAUCCCGCGGAUGCCCCUUUCCGCCGACAGUGUCGACGAUCGUUCCCCACCCCACGGAGGAUCCAUCUCGUGUCGAAUCGAGUGUAAUUGUUCGAUGGUAUUCCACUAAGAAGGCCUAG